AUGAGCAUACUGGGAGGCACCACAAUCAACCAGUACAAUCAGUGCAUUAAUUCAGCUUCCACACUGGAGCUCAAGAGUCAUGGUUUCAGGUCUUGCACUGCUCACUUGUACCGCAUUUUACCUGUCUACCCAUUCUGUUAUUUGGGGAGAAAAGGAAAAGUUGUCUCACCUUCACCAAUCAUUCAGAACAGACCUUUCAUUGUGGUCUGGAAUACACCCACCGAGAACUGUAAGAAGAAAUUUAACAUUGACCUGGAUUUGCGCGCUUUCGAUAUUAUUGAAAACCAAAACGAGAGAUUUGUCGGCAAGAACAUAACCAUAUUCUACCAGAACAAGUUGGGCCUCUACCCGUAUUACACUGACACUGGAACCGCAGUGCAUGGUGGCGUGGUACAGAAUGCUAGUCUGCACCAGCACCUCCAGCAGGCCAGCAAGGACAUCCAGAACCUGCUGGACCACAACUUCCACGGACUAGCAGUGAUAGAUUGGGAAGAGUGGCGACCACUCUGGGACCGCAACUGGGGUGACAUGGACAUCUACAAGCAAAAGUCUGAAGAGCUGGUGAGAAGCAAACAUCCCUAUUUUCCUGAAUGGCUGGUUUUCCAGAUUGCCAAAAGUAACUAUGAAACUGCUGCCCAGAAUUUUAUGCAAGAAACACUUAGACAAGGAUGGAAACUAAGAUCAAUGGGUCUCUGGGGCUUUUACAAAUUCCCAGAUUGUUAUAACUACUAUCAUGAGGAGCCACUAACCAAAUACACAGGGCAGUGCCAUAAGGAAGAUGUCCCAAGAAACAAUCAGCUGACAUGGCUGUGGGAGGCCUCUCACGCUCUCUAUCCCAGUAUUUACCUUAAUAAAAUAUUCAGGUCCUCAGACAAUGCUCGCAAAUUUGUUCACUACAAGAUCAAGGAAGCUCUUCGAGUCGCUACCCUGGAAUCAUUAAGCAAGUCCCUGCCAGUUUUGCCCUACGCCAGAUACACCUACGCAAAAACAUUUGACUUCCUUACAGAGAUUGAUUUAGUUCACACUCUAGGGGAGAGUGCAGCCCUUGGGGCUUCUGGAGUGGUCCUCUGGGGGGACAUGGAGUUCCCACGAACGAAGGACGGAUGUGAGGAGCUGAAGAAUUAUAUUGACCAUCGGCUCGGCCGAUACGUUGUGAACACGACCAUGGCCGCCUUGCUGUGCAGUGAGGCUCUGUGUGAUGGGCACGGGCGUUGUGUGCGCCAGGACCCCAGCUCUCGGACCUACCUGCACCUCAAUCCAUCAUCCUUCCAGGUACUAUCUGUCCCUGGCUUCCCCGGACCCCAGCUGAGAUCACAGGGAGAGCUGCACACUGAAGACUUGCUGAAGAUGAGCAGGGAGUUCACAUGCCAAUGCUACAAGGGCUGGAGUGGGCCCCAGUGCCGGGAGAAAUGAGCACAGGAAGAUGAGAAUUUGUGCUCUUUCCCCUUCUCUCCUUUUUGAACUCGGCUUUCUUUCUUGCAUAAUAGCAACUGCUAUCUCCUCGUCUCUCAGGGAAGGUUGGGACCAGUUUAUGUUUAUCAUAAUAUUAAUAAUCUUGCAUUUGAUACAGUGCCUUAUCA